AUGGCGAACAAAAAGAAGAAGGUUGGGUCCCAUUUAUCCCGUCUGAAGCAGCAAAAGUCUCAGCUUGUCAAUGAUUCUACUGUUCUUGCUUUAGCGGCUCCGUCUUCUUCCUAUACUGUUCAUGCUACAGUCCCCCCAAAUUCAAAUUCAAAUUUCAACCCGCCUGUUACCUUCCCCCCUGUUUGUCCUCAUUCUAAUCCUCGUCUUCACUCUCCCCCACAUGAACCUGGGUCCCCUAGCAUCAAGCAUGUGUUUGUUGAAGAUGGUUCAGAUGGUGCCGACUACGAAGAUGAGGAAGUUGAUUUUGAUUCUUCUGAAGAGGAUUAUGAGGGGGCCUCCAAAUUCUUCACCACACCAGUGUUGGCAGUGCCUCCUGGCCCUUCUGCCCCUCCUGUGGUCCCACAGUCUGCUCUGGUCUCCUCCGAACUGCCACCUUCUCCAUCUCAGGCAAACCCUGUAGCACCUGCACAGCCUAGCGGUGUUGAGUCUAACCCAUCAAAUAUUGAAGUAGCAGGUAAACCCCAUCCUCCUUCCUCAACUAAUGGUAGAUGGCGUGAUCUCUUUUCCUCUAACAGAAACACACCCAUUUGCUCCAAACUCAUGCAUUUCUCUGGGUAUACUGCUAUUCCAUCUUGUCCAUUCCUAGAAGAGGACUUAGAUCACUCUAGCGAUGAUUGGAAACUCUGUGUUGUGGGAUAUGUGUCUGGUAAAUUCCCUGGGUACAGGGCUCUUAAUAGUAUUAUUGGUAACGUCUGGAAGUGUUCAGCCUCACUCACCUUGCAUGAAUCGGGCUGGCUCAUCUACAGAUUUGAAAAUGAAGAGGAUAAGCUGGCUGUCUUGUGUGGCGGUCCCUAUUUGGUUUAUGGGCGUCCGUUAAUCCUGCGCCAAAUGACAGAAUAUUUUGAUUAUUCUUGCUCUGUAAUGACUCAUGUUCCUGUUUGGGUGAAGUUUCCAAACUUGCCUCUAAAAUGUUGGACGCCAAGAUGCUUAUCCAAGCUUGCCAGUGUUCUGGGGACGCCAAUCCAAUGUGAUAAACUGACGUCCACAAAGGAGAGGCUGUCAUAUGCUCGUGUCUUGGUGGAAGUGGAUUUGCUUGAGGACCUUCGGUCUUCCAUUGAUGUAGUGCUGCCAAAUGGAAACCUUCUCUGUCAAAAGGUCAUAUAUGAGACCUUGCCAAAAUUCUGUAAAAGCUGCCAAGUGCUUGGGCAUUCCACCGGAGCAUGCUCAAAAAAUCAGGCUGCUCCUAGACAAAUGGAGAAGAAAGGAACAGAACAGGAGACUGCCCCGUCCAAAGGCAGUGUUUUACUCAGCCCCCGUGUUGCUGUUCCCAUAGAUUCUCAACAUAACUCCCCUGUUGUUACUCCCACAGGCUCGCAGCUCAACCUCUCUGUUGAAGUUCCCACUGACCCCCAGGUUUCUGAGAAUGCUCAGGAGGAGCAGCAACGUGACCAAGCCCCAGUUGCGGUAGUUUCAGAAGGCUGGGAAACUGUAAGGAGGAAGAAACAUGGUAAUAAGCACCACUCACCUUCACCAAAGGUUUUGCCUGCAGUGAAUAUUCGUUCUUCUACUCAGACUAUAUCCACCAAGGGGAAGGCAAUUGCAGCCACAGUUGAUGUCUAUGUCAACAGAAUGCAGCACAAAGGGCUCAACAGCCCUCUCAAACAACAUGAGGUAGUAAGCCUCAUGAAGAAAAAUAAGGUGGAUGUUUGUGGUCUUUUAGAGACCAAGUUGUCUUUGGCAAAAGUAGAGUGUUUGCAUAAAUUCCGGUUGAAGACAUGGAAGUUUAUAAGCAAUGCUGGCGAUGCAGCUUAUGCCCGUAUACUUGUGUUUUGGAAUCCUGACACAGUAAAAGUUGAGAUGCUUCACUCCUCUGCUCAGGGGAUUCACGUUCUAGUUACAAGCUUGGUUCAGCAAUUCUGUUUUACAGCCACGUUCAUAUAUGGUUUCAACACCAUUUCGGCCAGGAGGACUUUGUGGGCAGACCUUAGAAGAUGGAGUGUGGACUCUCCAUGGCUCCUACUUGGAGACUUUAACUCAAUCCUCUCUCAGGAGGACAAGCACAAUGGGGAGCCAGUAUCUACCUACGAAAUUUCAGACUUCAGGGAGUGCUGCUCUGAUCUUGGUAUUGCCGACUUGCAUGCUACAGGCUCCCACUUCACAUGGUCAAAUGGCACGGUCUGGACAAAGAUUGACAGGGUGAUGGUGAACACCCACUGGUACUCUAUGCAACAAAUGGCUCACGUUCAUUUCGACACUCCAGGGGCUUUUUCUGACCAUGCUCCAUCUACUGUCCAGCUGGGACUUCGGGCUCCUCACGGCAACAGGAACUUUAAAUUUUUCAACAUGUGGACUGCUCAUCCACAGUUCUUGGACACCAUCUCCCAAUAUUGGUCUUCAGAUGCUUACGGGACGCACAUGUAUAUCCUGUGCAAAAAGCUCAAGCUUUUAAAGGGCGGCCUAAGGUCUCUCAACAGACUUCAUUUUAGCCAUAUUUCGGAGAGGGUUGCUAGAGCUGAAAAGGCCCUGGAUGACACUCAGCUUCUUCUCCAAAAUGACAUGGACAACGAAUGUGACAAGAGCUCUAGAUUCUUUCACUCUUUGAUGAACCAGCAUCACAGAAGAUGCCACAUUCCUGCCAUAGUUAGAAGUGAUGGUAUGCUAACUACUUCGGCAGAAGAGAUGGGUAGAGAGUUCGUCUCUUACUACAAAGAUUUACUGGGAACAUCCAAGCACACUAUUCCUCUGCGAGCUGAGGUGGUACAAAGUGGACCCUGCAUUAAUGUUGAUUCCCAUGCCUAUCUCCUCGCUCCUGUUUCAUCUGAUGACAUUAAACAGGUUCUCUUCAGUAUGGAUGAUAAUAAAGCUCCAGGGCCUGACGGGUACACAUCUGCAUUCUUUAAAAAAGCUUGGAGCAUCGUGGAUUACAGACCCAUCUCUUGCUGCAAUGUCACCUACAAAGUUAUCUCCAAGAUACUUGCAGGGAGAUUGGCUCACGUUCUUCAUGAUAUCAUUGGUCCCUCUCAAAAUGCUUUUCUUGGUGGGAGACUCAUGGCUGACAAUAUAAAUCUCAUGCAAGAAUUGCUGAGAAGUUAUGGGAGGAAACGUGUGUCACCCCGCUGCACCAUCAAGAUUGACUUCAAGAAAGCCUUCGAUACAGUACAGUGGCCCUUUCUUCGUGCUCUCAUGCACCUAUUGGGGUUCCCAGCUAGGUUUGUUCAUCUGGUUAUGGAAUGUGUUGAGACUGCCUCCUUCUCUGUUUGCAUAAAUGGUAAUCUCUAUGGUUUCUUCCCUAGCAAAUGUGGUGUUCGGCAAGGAGACCCAUUAUCUCCAUAUCUCUUUAUUAUCUGCAUGGAGUACUUUUCUAGGCUUCUAAAAAGCUCCACUCAGCUUUCGGGUUUCAACUUUCACCCCAAAUGCCAAGCCUUGGAAAUUAGUCAUCUUGGGUUCGCUGACGAUAUUCUCUUGCUCUGUCGUUGUGACAUGACCUCUGUUAACACUCUCUUGCAGCAGCUUCAUAUCUUUGGAGAGUCCUCUGGCCUUGUUAUUAAUGCAACAAAAUCCUCCAUUUUCUUUGCGGGUGUACCGGAGGACAUUAAGCAGGCAAUUCUCAACCUCUCCCAGUUCACAGAAGGAUGCUUUCCUUUCAAGUACCUCGGCGUCCCUCUCAGCCCUCACAGACUCCUAGCCAGUCAAUUCUCUCCUCUUAUUCACAGGCUAGAAUCCACUAUUCAGAGUUGGCUUGGAAAGUUUCUCUCUUAUGCAGGUCGGCUGGAAUUGAUUAAAUCGGUCCUGCAUGGCAUGGUGCAAUUUUGGAUCAGCAUCUUCCCUAUCCCAGUUGUUGUGAUCAAAAAGAUUACUAGCCUGUGCAGGAACUUCCUAUGGACUGGCAAUAUGUCUAGAAGCAAAUAUGCUCUUGUAUCUUGGAAGCAAGUGUGUCUGCCAAAGAAUGAAGGGGGUCUUGGGGUUCAUGACAUCAAAGCCAGAAAUGCCAACUUUUUCGCCAAGCAUCUCUGGAAUAUUCACCUAAAGGUAGACUCUCUAUGGAUUCGAUGGGUAGAUCACUUCUACAUUUCAAGAGCAUCCAUCUGGUCCUUGGAAGCUAAGAAAACCGAUUCCCCUCUGUGGAAAUCUAUCUUCUCCAUUCGUGACAGACUGCUUAACCUCUGUGGCGGGGAGGCUCCAGUGCAGCAGCUGCUCUCAAAUUGGCAAUCUGGCUCAUGCUCAUUUACAGCCAAUGCAUAUGAUUUUUUCAGGUACAAAGCCGCUCCAGUACAGUGGUCCAAUGUAGUUUGGGAACAAUGGUCUCUCCCAAGGCACAGUUUUUCCCUAUGGCUGGCUAUGUUGGGCAAGCUGCGAACCAGAGAUCGUCUACAGUUUCUAUCCCCUGAUCCUAUAUGCCCUUUGUGCCUGAAUGCUGAUGAAUCUCAUGACCACCUCUUCUUCACUUGUGACUGGACGUCUUCUAUUUGGCGAAAGGCCAAACUCUGGCUUAAGAUCCAUAACACUAUGCAUUCCCUAAGUAGAGCCGCAAGGGUUCUACACAACAACAAAAAAGGAUUGCAGCCGAGAAUGAGACGAGUAUCUCUUGCUAUUCUAGUGUAUUUGAUCUGGGAGGAAAGAAAUAGGAGAAUUUUCAACACCAUUGGGAAAUCCGUUGAAGCUAUUUUCAAGAAAUUCCAGAUACUGUUCUAUACUAUAUUGUAUUUCCAUGAAAAUACUCACCAAGCCUACAGUGUUGCAUUCUGA